AUGCCUUCAGUGCGGUUUCUCCGUCCAAGUCACCUUCAUAUUCAUGGUGGUUUUACCUCUGCGCUUCCCGCCAUUCCACCCUUCUCACGCAACCGUCUUACCUCGCUCGACCGGGUUUACUUCUUUACGAACCGGUUCCUGCCUCCUCUGUGCGCGGUGCCCAAGAUUGGUUUCUCAGCAGCAAAAGAUGAAGCCGCUUCUCCUGGUGAUAUUGAAUUCGAGGCGCCACUGAAAAUUGUGGAAUAUCCAGACCCGAAAUUGAGGGCAAAAAAUAAACGCAUAGUUAGCUUCGAUGAUAAUCUGAAGAGUCUUGCCCGCGAGAUGUUUCAUGUAAUGUACAAAACCAAUGGUAUUGGUCUCUCAGCACCCCAAGUUGGAAUUAGUGUUCAACUUAUGGUGUUCAAUCCAGUGGGUGAACCGGGGGAAGGAGAGGAAAUUGUUCUUGUAAACCCAAGAGUUAGCAAAUACUCAAAGAAACUGUCAAUUUUAAAUGAAGGGUGUCUAUCAUUUCCUGGAAUAUAUGCUGAUGUGAAGCGACCUGAAUCAGUGAAGAUUGAUGCACGUGAUGUAAAUGGAAAUAGAUUUUCAUUCUCGUUGGAUGGGCUUCCUGCUCGAGUAUUCCAGCAUGAGUUUGAUCAUCUGCAGGGGAUUCUUUUCUUUGAGAGAAUGACUGAAGAAGUUCUUGGUAAUAUCCGUGAACAGCUACAGGCCUUGGAAAUGAAGUAUGAACAACUGACUGGAGUACCAAGUCCUGAAAAGAUACAAAACAGGAGGGAAAGAAGGAAUGCUGUCGGUUUUGGGAAAUCAUGA